AUGCCCCCUCCACAAGGAACUGCGAAUCCGCUGGAGGGACCAGGCGACUAUACUGUUACCAAGACCGUUCACAAUGACACCUACCCUGCUAUUGAUCCUACAUCUUUGAAACCUUCACAUGAGGGUCGCGCUGUUUUCAUAUCUGGCGCAUCGAGAGGCAUUGGAUAUUCAAUCGCAAUAUCAUAUGCGCGAGCUGGCGCUUCGUACAUUGCCAUUGGAGCGAGGUCUGAUCUGACAGUCUUGGCCAAGGAGAUCGAGACUGCUGCGCAGGAAGCUGGACGACCCAAGCCGAAAGUUCUGUCGCUCAAGCUGGACGUGACCGAUAGGGUAAGUGUCGAGGCGGCUGCGGGCGAGAUACGCAAUGCCUUCGGCCGCCUGGACGUUGUGGUCAGCAACGCAGCGAGCCUAGGCGAGAUGCAGCUCAUCGCCGACACAGACCCGGACGUGUGGUGGAACACAUGGGAGCUCAACGUCAAGGGUCAGUACCUGGUCAUGCGCACCUUCAUCCCGCUGCUGCUCGACACGGCCGACGGGCUCAAGACGAUCUGCACGGUCGCCAGCGUCGGCGCACACCUGCAGACGCCAACGCUGAGCGCGUACCAGCCGUCCAAGCUCGCGAACCUGCGCAUCUCCGAGUUUGCGAGCAUCGAAUACGCCGACAGAGGGCUCAUCGCGUAUUCAGUCCACCCCGGCAACGUCCCAACGCCGCUCGCGGGCGGGCCGGAGCUGACGAACAUCCCGGACCCGGUCAAGGUCGCUUACACGGAGACGGCGGAGCUGCCGGCAGACACGAUUGCGUACUUGACCGCCGAGAGGAGGGAGUGGCUCGCAGGGAGGUAUGUCAACUGCACGUGGGAUAUGCUGGAGCUGGAGGCGCAGAGCGAGGCCAUUGCGAGCGGUGAUGCACUUAAAGUGCGUCUCGUGUUGCCGUAA